AUGGUUCCGAUUUCGUUGAGAUGCUCGUCGUGGUCGUUCCUGGAUUCUGAUGUGGUCGUGGUGGUCGUUCCUGGAUUCCCCGUUGAGAUGCUCGUCGUGGUCGUUACAGGGGUCUCAGUUGAUGUGGUCGUGGUGGUCGUCCCUGGAUUCCCCGUUGAGAUGCUCGUCGUCGUCGUUCCUGGAUUCCCCGUUGAGAUGUUCGUCGUCGUCGUUCCAGGACUCCCCGUUGAAGUCGUUGAGGUUAUUUCCGUUGAGAUGUUUGGUCGUUUCCCGUUGAGAUGUCGUCGUGGUCGUUCCUGGAUUCCCCGUUGA